UCUCUGUCUUUGCGUGCGGUUCAGUUUUUUGUAGAAAAUAGGAAGAAUCGUUCCCCAGUAGAAGAAACGAGAUCCGUGCGUUUUCCUUUUUCACCCGACUCGAAUACAAUUUUAAACAUAAACAAAAAAAUACAAAAGAAAAAAGGAAUUCUCAAAAUAGUUAAAAAAACGCAGUGUACUACAAACAAAUGCAAAUUAACUACAAACAUACAAACAAAAAAACAACAAGAAAUCGAAGCGUGUUAAAGUCUUUUGUUUAGCAAAUUGUGCAAUACGUAGAAGAAAAAAAAGAGCCGAAAAAGUUAAAUACGCAUUCGAAUAGAAUUUUUGGCAAAAAAAAACAAAAAACAAUCGAUUGUGCAACAAAGUAAACAAUUGUUAAAGCUUCAACAAACACAAUAAUAAAAUGAGUGUGUGUGAGAAUAAGACCGUUGUGCAACAGCAAUUGCAACAACAAGCUGCCGCUGCAGUUGCCGCCGCCGCAGCCGCUGCAGUAGUGCAACAGCAACAGCAGCAGGCACAACAACAACAACAGCAGGCGCCACAAGUGGUGGUGCCACAGCCACAGCACAUGACGCCACAGCAACAACAACAGAGCACACAAAGCAUUGCCGACUAUUUGGCACAAUUGCUCAAGGAUCGCAAGCAAUUGGCCGCAUUUCCAAAUGUUUUUACGCAUGUCGAGCGUCUCCUGGAUGAAGAAAUUGCACGCGUACGCGCCUCACUGUUCCAGAUCAAUGGCGUUAAGAAGGAGCCGCUGACGCUGCCCGAGCCAGAGGGUGCCAUGGUAACGCUGAACGAGAAGGUCUAUGUGCCAGUGCGUGAGCAUCCAGAUUUCAACUUUGUUGGUCGCAUUUUGGGACCACGCGGCAUGACUGCCAAACAAUUAGAGCAAGAGACUGGCUGUAAGAUUAUGGUACGCGGCAAGGGCUCCAUGCGGGACAAGAAGAAGGAGGAUGCUAAUCGUGGCAAGCCAAACUGGGAGCAUUUGUCCGAUGAUCUGCAUGUCCUCAUCACUGUCGAGGACACCGAGAAUCGUGCCAAAGUCAAGCUGGCUCAAGCUGUUGCCGAGGUGCAAAAGUUGCUAGUGCCGCAAGCCGAAGGCGAAGAUGAACUAAAGAAACGUCAACUUAUGGAAUUAGCCAUUAUUAACGGCACAUAUAGGGACACAACAGCGAAAUCAGUCGCAGCUUUCUCAUGCGUUGGUUCUCCUUCUGCUUCUGUUCUGUAUCCCGCAGUUUGCGAAGAGGAGUGGCGUCGCCUGGUUACACCGGACAAUCGCCUGCUGACACCCACACUAUCCGGAUUGGCCACCCAGAUACGCACACCUGCCAACGCCCCAUUGGGCGCACCAUUGAUACUUAAUCCACGGAUGACGGUGCCAACCACAGCGGCCAGCAUACUGUCCGCCCAGGCAGCGCCGACAGCUGCCUUCGAUCAGACGGCACAUGGCAUGAUCUUUGCCCCCUAUCAGGAUUAUGCGAAUUAUGCGGCACUCACUGGCAAUCCCCUGCUGACGGAAUAUGCUGAUCAUAGCGUUGGUCGAUAUAUGCAUGCCGGCUCCGUCUUUUGAACUUUUUUUUGAAUUUGCGUGUGUGCACCAAGAAUUUAUUUGAAGUCCAUAAAAUGUUAGUUCUUAGUUCCAGUUGCAAAACAAAACAAAAAAUGAUUACAUUCUGCAGUUGACAGUGCACAACACACACAGAGAGAAAAUCUUACUUAAACAUUAAUUAGCUCUAGUUACAAACAACAACAAACAAAAGCAAACAAACAUACAUGCAUCGAUGUGUAUAUUUAUUUAGCAAUGAAAAACAAAAAUGCAAAAUGGCACAACAACAAACAAGAAACAAAAAACAAGAACAACUACAACUACAAAAACAAAUACUCAAAAAUGCAAAUAAGAAGCAAGCAAAACAAUGCAACAAAAAAAAAAAAAAAAAAAGUAAAACGCUCGUCAACGUUUUUGUUUAGUUCAUAAUGUCGCAAAACAUUUCUAAAGUCUGGUUAAUAAGUGAUUUUUAGGCGCUUUGCAUGAUGAAUUUUAUUUUAUUUAUACAUUUUUGUUUUGUUUUUCUUUUGGUUUCGUUUCGAAAAAAAAUUAAAACAUGAGUAUAUUCUAGUUGACGACAACAACAACAAAUGACAGCAAGAAAUUGGUUGUUGCUUGUUUGGGAACAAUGAAGUAUUCUACUUACAUAAAUACAUAUUACUUAAAGCCUUCAACUGAGUUGCUGACUUAAUUAGCCUUUAGUUUAUAAUAUCCCUCUUUGACAGCCCCGUUCCGAGUUACACAUUCGCCGCAAUUUCGUUGGAAUACUUUAUAGCAUAACUUUGAGAGUUUUCUUGAUUUACAUGCAACUCGAAGCGGGCGCUGAAUGUUUUCUUCUUAGGUUUUUAUAAGGUCUCGACGACUUGUGUUAUUUAUAGUACUCGUAUAUUUAGUAGUUUUUCAUUUGUUUUUAUUUACGGUGUGGGUUGAUUUGUUUAUUAUCGUUUUCAAUACUCUUUAAGUGCAAUAUUUAGCUGAUAGCUAAUUAGUUUUUAGCAGUAUUUAUGCACAAAUGUACCUUAUACGACAAGUUCAAGUUUUACAUUUGAUUUCCGUAACCGUUUGAUUUUUUCCAGCCAGUGCCAUUAAUAUUUUUUCUUUUAUUUCGAGCAGCCAAACAAUUCUUUUUUUGUAGAAUUUUUAAUGGAAACUAUGCAAACAAUAUACAUAUAUAUAUUUUAAUAUUAGAUUAUAGCUUAAAUCGGAGCCUUGAAUCGAGUUGGUGCUUAAACAAUUUUUUGUAGACAAUAAGUUAGUUGAGGUUCAGGCAGCCGUCCAACAACAAUAUUUUGCACAACUAGUCAAAAACGUCAGCAAAAUGCGAUUGAUACAUAGACAGAUAAAAAAACGGACAGACAAAUGUGACAGACAGCUGGAAGAAUGCUAAAGAACAAAAAGUAGAAAAAAAAACUUGUAGCAGCUUGAAGAUAUUGCAAUAUUUUCACACAUUUAGGUCUCUCUCUCUCUCUUAAAAUCUAGAAAUGAGAUGGCAAAAUUCCCUGGAGAUCCAUUUACUCAAAUGGAAACACGACUAUGCUUAUCUAUACUAUAUAUUAAUUAUUUAAAGACUAGUUUAACAAUUUGUGUGUGUUAAGUUUAAUUAGCGAGCUGCUUAAAAAUCACUUAUUUCCAGAUACCGAAUCAAUUAGCGUUGUUUUCUUACAAAGUGAAAAAAGAAAAACAAACACAAAACAAAUAAAAAUAUAUACGACUCAUUCCAAAGAAACAGAAUUUAAAUGUAAAUCAACAUGCAAUACAGUUAAUUAUAAAGAAUUUUUUAUAAUUUAAAAAGAAAGAAAUCGAAGUUGAACUUAAUGAAAUUGGUAAUUAGUGAAAAAGAAAAGCGAAAGCGAAAACAAAAGCAAAAAUAUGCAGAUGUGUGAAAAUGUUGAAAGAAUUGUUUAAAACAAGCAAGCAUAAAUAUAUAGUAUAUGUUUUUUUCUAUUAUUAAGCUAAGUUUUGUAGACAAUACAUACAUAUAUUAUAUAUGCGCCGAUAAAACCGUAUAUACCGUAUAUAUAUAUUUAUUGCCUUGAUUAUCUCUAUCCAUAUAUAUAUAUAUAUAUAAAUAUUACCAUUACCAAUACCAAUACCAAUUUUAUAUUUGCAAUAUAUAAAUCUAUAUGUAUCGUAUCGUAUAUUUUAGUAGGCGCCCUUAAGCAGCAACGUCGAUUGGCGGCUAACAGAGAACACCCCUAUCAGCGUGCAACGGUCGGAGUGCCAGCCAAGCCGGCGGGUUUCAUUGAGAUACAGUAAAACAUCUCGCUGUGUCACGAGUCAGUCAGUCAGUCAGCAGCAGCAAUCGCACACUCACUCACACACACACACCUUUUUGUAUUUAUAUCAAAAGUGAAAAAUUUUAAAUUUUUUUGAAAUCAAUGUUAAAACUUCUUAUGUGGAUUAUCGACUCCGCCCGCCAUUACGUUCAAAUGGGCAUAUUACAUAUAUUACUAUAUAUACAAUUUAGUUCAAUUACAAUACGAUUUACAUAAUAUAUAUAUUCGGAAAUAUAUAUAUAUUGCAUUAUGUCUAUUUCAAAUUUACUUUAUAAUUACAAUAUUUUUAUUUUUUUUGUGAAAAACUGCUUUAAAUCAAAAAAAAUGUCAAUCAUCUGUGCUGUUCUCUGCUGCUGUUUGAGUUGAGAGUGUGUGUGUUGCGUGUCCAAUGAAACCCAGCCAGUCCAGUUGGCCAGGCCGGUCUGUGCAGCUCCGUAACUCAGUUAACUCAGUCCAAUAAAUAUAUCAAGCGCCUCACAGGUUAGUUGUGUUUCUACUCAUCUAUAAAUUUGUUUUUUUAUUACACUUUUUUUUUCCUUUACUUGUUUCCCUUUGAGCUGCUGUUGUUGCUAUGCUUUCUUAACUGAAGCAUAGCAACUGCAGCUCAUUUGCGACUUUUUGAUUUAUUUUCCAAAAAUAUUAAAAAAAAAGAACAAAAGAAAAUGAAAUACACAGACAGACACAUGCUGAAUGUUAGUGCAAUAGUUGCUAAAAGUAAAAAAAAAUCGGUAAAAUCAAGAAAAAAACAAUUUGUUGUUUUUUUGUAUAACAAAAAUAUAUAUUUUUUGUUAGUUUAUUUUAUUUCUUUGUUGACGACGUUGACUUGUGCCUUUGAUGUUUUACAAAAACAAUAAGAAAACAAAACAAAAAAAAAAGAUUAUUAUUGAAAUAAUGAAGAAAUGGGUAAGAGAUACUUCUAUCGAUUUCUGUAUAAAAAAAAGCAAACGCAAUUUUAGUACAUUUUGUAUUACUUUUUCUUAAGCCAUAUAAUUAAUUUGAUUAUGAUCUAUAUAUCUACAUCUACAUCUAUAUAUAUAUAUGAAUUAUGAAUUUUAUAUGUGUAUCUAGUAUUAAGACCCUGUUAGUUUGUAAAUUUUACCUUGUAUAUCAUUUAAAUGUAUGUUGCAAUUGAACCGAAAGUGUACCAGAAUAAAGAUCAAUGACUUUUGUUGAAGUGCAACCCAAAACACAGAAAACAAAACAAAAACCAAAAAAAACCAAAACCAGUCUCUUGAAGUUUCAUCAAACCGUAUGCUCUGGGCAUUCGAGCAAAUCAAUAAACAAAAAAAAAAAAAAUUCUUUAAAUACGUUUGAGACUAACGCUUUUUGAUAUCUAACCAAAAAAAUAAAAUUAAAAAUUAAACUCCUUCUAUUCGUCGUCGUCACACAUAACUCAUUGAUCACCCUAGAAGAUGAGAACACACUUAACUUUUGUUUGCAACUUUUUUAGUCCAUUAAGAACUUAACUUUAACUAUAAGCUAUAUGUGUAACGCACACACACACAAAUAAACACACACAACUCUUAGCCAACGGUGGGGCCUCUACUGAUGUACUACUCUACUACCAAAAACCACCACAAUUAAAACCACCACAACCACUACUACAUACUACUUGGGGGCGUAACUCUACUAUAUAUACAUAUAUAUAUUUGCUUAACGUCUGUCUCACCUACCACACACCUUAAAUUCGUACAUAAUACAUACUACAAUAAUAAUAAUAAUAGAGAUGACCAUCAAAUAAAGCAACCAAAUAGCUAGUCCCAAAUUACUACCACAAAACUACAUAAAUAUUGAUUUAUGUAUAUUUAACAGAUCGUAAUGUUUAAGCUUACUUAUCUCUCUCUUUCUCUCUCUCUGGUUAUGGUAUCAGUAAAACACUCUCUCUAUUUCUCUAUAGAAAUUAAGAAUAAAUACUUGUAUAACGUUUGAUAAAAUUGCAUAUGCAUUUGCUUCUAUAAAAUCUCCUCAAGUACUUACACACAUACUCGUAAACAACAACACACAGAUACACGCACACACCAAUACAUACGCGUAUAUGAGACCAAUUACUAAAUCGACUCUAAUGCCACAUGCCAAAGAAUGUCUGACAAUGAUGCACAAUAAAAAUUUCCUUUUGGCUAAUGCUAAAAAACAGUUUAAAAUACAACAAUACAACAACAAUUUUUGAUGUACAGACUUUAAUAAUAUGAAUAAAAGUACAAAGAACACAGAAUGUAAAUAACGCUUUACCUUGGCAUUUUCGAUGAAAAGCAAAAAUUGAUUGAUAAUUAUAAUUCUUACUCUUAUGAUUUAUAUAUAUAAUUGACAGCCAAUGCACUUGCAAUUUUAUUAUUUUCUUUUUAUCUAAUAAUCUUUACAAUUUAUACUAUAUAGCAUUUACAUAUGUAUAAAAACCAUAUAAAUAUCAAAUGAUAUGUGAUGUAAUAUUAUUGCUAAUUUUAACUAACAAAGGCCAAGUUAACUAAAACAAAGAAAAUAAAAGUAAAAAACAAAACAAACAAAAAAACUAGUAAAUAAAAUGGAUUAAAACCAAAACCAAAACAAAAAAAA